CGGCCGUUCCCUCCCCUUUAGUGCGACGGGAAAACGCAGCGCUGAGUGACGCUGCCAAACUUCAGCCACGGUCCUCAUGUCUUUGUGGACGUUAUCAUCACUACACCGACUUCAGCACAGGACGUUUAACUGGAUCGAUAACUCUACCUAGCAACUAAGAAGCGGACAUUACUCUUUAUCGUCUUCUGCAGGUAGUGAUCCUACAACUGCAGCAUGCAGCCGAGCAAGGCACAAAAAGGAGUUUUUAGCAACAGCGAGCUGUUGGAUUCUCUGAAGGUGUAUCUGAACAACAAGAACAGAUUACAGCCCAUUAUUGGCCUGGGCAGCAUUGUAGAAUGUGUGAAGGUGGGUGCACACAACAGAGAAGCAUUGUACCUGUGUGAGGUGUGUGUGUGUCGACUUAGUAAAGCUGACAUGCGGAACCACAUCAUGGGAAGUCUCCACAGAUACAACUUCAUUAAAGCCUGGCACCCACACUUGGUGUCUGAAUGGAAGGAGAACUCUGACCUGUCUAAACUGGCCUGGCCACUGAUGGAGAUAGCCAAGACAAUCGAGGGUAAAGAGGGAGCUGGAGAUGUCCAGUUGUUAGAGGCUGAAGAUGCUGUAUACCAGAGGAUGGCAACAUACAGUGAGAAGGAUGCAGUAACUCUGAUAAAUUCCUUAAGAAGUUGGCAGGGGCAGGGUGAACCUGAGAGCCAUCGCAGCCAGUCACAGAGGAUUGUUUUGCUUGGCAAGAACGAACAGAGAUGGUCCGAGAAAUUCCUCAAGGCCAACGUGACAUCACAUAAGACUUACAAGCUUCCAGUUUUGAUGCAGUCAACUGUAGCUCCUCUUAUCAAGUCGCAAGGCUGGUUAAAAAACAUCUCAGCAUCACAGUUUGACAAUACUCAGAUGGUGUCUGAACCCUCUGUGCUAUCGGACAACAGCAACAGCUUUCUUGAUUGCUACACAGGAGCCAAGCCGCUUAUUGGUCUUUCCCAUGUAGUGGAGUGUCGGAGUGAAGAUCGCUGCACACACAUAUUCUUAUGCCACUGCUGCCGCAUAAAAUCCAACAAAAAGGACAUCAUUGAUCACCUCUCCAGCUCAUCUCAUCUCAUCAACUACUUGAUGGAAACUCAUCCUGAGCAGAUGGAAGUCAUGAUGGCAGAUAUUAAUGACAGCUGUCACUUUCUCCAAUCACUGGCCAAGAAGGUGGAGCAAGAGGAGGGCAGAGGAGAGAUGAAGGUGUUAAACGUACCAGAAUCACUCUGUAUCCUACUGACUGGCAAAAGUUACCACUGGUGUAUAAAGAUGCUGUGCAAUGGACGGACACAUACUAACACCCAAAAAAACGAAAUAACUGUCAAAGGGCUGAGCAUGAACAAGACCACAGUUGAAGGCAAGCCAGAGAGACAUACUGCAGUGCCGUCAAAAUGGUCAAAAAGGGUGAGAACAAAGAGGAAGAUGAUGAAAGUGACUAAUACAGUGUUCAAGGUAAGCCUGCCCAUCAGCAAAGGUUCAUUGCUGCUGGAGAGGACGUCUUUCAGCGAGGACAGCCUCCCUACAUCAUAUUCACACACAUCGGCCUCAGACUACAUCCCAUCGCCGGAAUCCCUGACAGAGGACAGAGAGCUGGACUGUGACACUGGAUCAUUUGCAGUUAACCACACUGAACACGCCUCAGAGUGCACAACCUCACAACUUCAGAGAGACCACCACAGUGGAGAUGCAGAGGCUGGUCAAUACCUGGGACCAGGGAGAAAUAUCAUAGUCACUCAGUAUCAAGACGUGGAUGGUUACUUCAGAGAUAAUGAAUUCUUCAGCCAGUCUGAAGAUACAACUGUGACAAAAGACCAAAAGGUUAAUGGGGAAAGGAAUUAUGAUGGACAGGGUGGUUCUCAAGAAAGAUUGAGGAAAGAGGUGGAAAGUGAAGGCCUACAGAAACAAAAUGAGUGGUUGUCUCCUGCUCUGUCCCACACUCAUGACUGGUCGUCUUAUAACUCUUCCCACAGACAUGAGGAGGGUUACACUGAGCAGUGGUGCAGUUCACAGAGUGGGGUGCAAGUGUCAAGUGGAUGAGAGACAGAGGGAGAUGGGCUCAGGAUGCUACACAACAUUACUACGAACAACAGCCCCAGAAUCAGUACAUGGCGCCGUAUUAUACAGGUCUUCAGACAGGCAGUGUGAGGCAUCAUGGUUUGUCUGGUGGAUGGGCUCCUUAUUUAAAUGCUGCCUGGAUCAACAUGUAUCCUCAUUUAUACUCCUUUGCUCACAGUAACAGCAGUGCACCACAGCCUGGAGUACACUUGACUGAAAAGAGACAAUCGACACACAUACACAGAGUUCACCACUAGCCGUGUCCAUAUGUGUCCACAAAGUUACAUGAUGCAGCCUGAGGCCUAUCAACCCAUCCAAACAGGCCACGUGGUGACGUCUAACCCCCACUACAGUUAUGGACCAAGAAUCAACCAGCACUUUUCUUAUCCAGACAGCAGCAGCGGCGGCAGUGGUGGUGGCUUUGGUGGUGGUGGGGUUAUGUCCCAGUGAGAUGCUUUCUUCCUAUCUGUAUUAUGGAACCCACUCUGAUCUUAAUUUCAGAGACACUGGGUUGUCAGGUUUGAUGAUUUGAAGACGUGUCUCUACAACAACUCCAUUUAUGUUUGCAUUUCCCAAUCUACAUGUAGUCAAACCUCAUGGAGACCACAGUUCAAAUCAAGGGGGUGCCAUCCCCAUUGAAUGAAAUCAUAUGCUCUGUUGUUUUUCUGUUGAAAUGUCAGAAGUGGUCUCUUCAUGGAGGGAUGUAGUAAAACAACCAUCCAGGCCUCUGAGAUCAGUAUUCAGCUUUGUCUCCUUUGACUUUCAGUUUCAUUAUUAUUUUUUUAUGAUUUUUUAUUUUUAUAUGAACCUGACAGGGAUUUUGUAUUUUCAUUCAUGUGAAUUUAUAAACAGAUUGUCUUUUGGACCAUUAAAAUAAAACAGUCUAGACUGUGACAUAUUUCCAUGGACAUGUUUGUAAAUACAGGUGUUACAGGUGAAAGUGUAGCUGUUAUAUCAUCUGGUUACAUUGUAAACAAAAGCUAGUGCUUUUUGAUUUAGAAUUAAAUAUAUCUCUAAUGAUCCCCUGUGUUAUUAUGAGAAUUAUAUAAGUGACUCAAGCUGUGCAUUGAAUUACUGUGUGAUGUGAAUUGGAGAUAACUGGAUCCAUUAAAGUGAGAAAUGCUGAUAUUUAUUGAUAUAGUUCUAGGUUUCACAUGCAUGCUUAUCAAAGAGAGAAACAUGCUCAGAUAGCUGUUCACUGUUUCACAAGUUGUAUUAGUAACAGCUGCAACAUUAUAAAUGUUUCAAAUCACACUGAGUGUGGUUUGUAAUUGUCACUAAUAAAUUGAACUACUCACACACACACACACCACACACAUUUUCUGUUUCUCUUGGACCAUUGUGCCAAAUGCGACUGCAGCUGGGCCUGAGAAGAAUUUACUUUAAUAUUCAUGAAAUGUGUGAUGGCUCACUUUAAAUUUGUGCUUAUUCAAAUGUACUGUUUAACCAGUUGUCACUGAAUAAAGCACUGCUUGGGUUAUUUGGAUGAUUUUACCUCUUUUGCUGAUUUUGUGCAACACUGAAGACCGUAUAUUUAUGUUGACUAUGAUGUAGAAUCAAUGAUAUGAGAUCAAAUAUAGAUUUCUUUGUUAGUCAGAGCUCAAAUGACAGUGUAAACUUCUUUCUAGUUUUGUUUUCAGUGUAAGGCAACAUAAGGUGGCUUUAAUUCAGUUACUGUGAUAUGUUUAGAGUCUGUUUACUCCACCUUUGACCAAACAUGACUCUGUAUAGUACAUCAGCAUUUUCUAAGUCUCCUAAUGCUCCACUGGUUCUGUAAUAAAAAAGAAAGCAUGCUUGAAGAUUUUGAUUACACCGUGGGGGAUACACCAGGUUGCCAUAUACACAUGUUGUAUGUUGUAUGCUUGUUAUCAGCUGGUGUAACUAUGCAGGUGCCUAAUGAUGUGGUGAAUAAUAAAUGAGUUUUGUAAAUUUGUAAA